CCCAUGCGAGUCUCGGAGCCACAAAGGCCAUAGAAUCCCUCCACGUGUACGCUGUAGUCACCGAAAGAACCUACACCAGCGCACUUUAGCACGAUGCAGUUUACCACUUAACCCUCAAGGCUCAAGCAGAGCCAUACAAAUGUCGUAUCAGCGGGCAAUUGCCGGUCACCACUUGAUUUUAUCAGUUACUACGCGGAAGACGGAAUUUCCCAUCAACCGGACGUAGCAGGUAACCCAACAAAAAUCAGAGAUUCAUAGCCGUUUCUCACUCUUUUUCUUCGCUUUCCUUCCCAUAUAAAUUGGCUACCAGAGGUUGAGGCCACUUUGUGUCCUAUCCGCUUCUUAUUAGCUUCUCUUUUUGCCCCCUUGCCUUCUCUGUUUAUUUACGGAUAUAGCAUUCAGGGUAUGAUAGCUUUUAGUGACCGGAAACCCGAGAGCCACCGCACCGCUCCAGCUCUCGGUUUCCCUCGCGUUAGGUUCUUCCGUUUCCGGCGCUUGAGGUAAUAGUUGACUCUGCUCCACCCGUAUUCCCAACAAGAAAAAAAAAACACGGAGAAGAGAAGUUCAUUAAUUUAUUACUUUUUUAUUUUCUUCUUUAUAUUUCUCGUUUGAAUUAUUGUAUAAUACAACACUUGGAAGAUGUCGAAUUCCAAAAAUAAUCGUAAGGAGCAGGAGAAGAACCGGAAGGGUAAGUUAUCUGAAAAGGCAUCGUCGUUUCACGGGAAAAUCCCGACGGUGGCUCCCUCGGAUCUGAGGCGGCUGAAGACGCUGCCCGACCUAUUCUCAGAGAGGACUAUUUCCGUCUUACCGGAUGCGAGGCCGAAGUUGACGAAGCUGCUGUUUAACGUGACCAUUCAAGGGAGUCUCGGAGCUGUACAAGUAGUGCUGUCGCCGGAAAACACUGUCGGUGACUUAAUAACCGCCGCCGUUCGUCAGUAUUCGAAGGAAGGUCGCCGUCCGAUCUUACCGUCAACGGACGCCUCGCUGUUGGACCUCCAUUAUUCUCAAUUUAGCUUAGAGAGUUUAGAAAGGGGAGAGAAGCUGAUGGCGUUGGGAUCGCGAAAUUUCUUCUUGUGCACCAAAAAGGCGGCGUCGAAGGACGGUGACAACGCAACGUCAUCGUGCUCCAAAGAAGCGGAGAAGGUUACAAAGAGCGUAAUAAUACCUUGGCUCAAAUUCAUGAAUUUCUAGUUAAAAUAAAAAUGUAAUUUUUUUGUUGCUUUCCAUCAUUUUCGAAUUUGAUUUUUGUAAAAUUAUAAUAAUUAAGAUAGUUGUGUAUUUAGAAUAUGAACAAGAUAUACGUGCGAAUUUGGGGUAAAUUUGCAUGUUGAAUGAUGUUUAUUUUGUUUAAAUUAGUUAAUGGAAUAUCUGUAUAGUUUUUUCUAGACUGGAUCUGGAAUAUUUCAUUCCUCAUUUCCUUAAUUUGUUGAUACAAUGUAGCAUCAUAAUUAUUUUGGAUUAAAUUGAGAAAAUUUAAAUUCUAGAAGAA